CAUUCAUAAGGUCUUACCUGUUUUCACUGCUUUCUAAGGCAAAUCUGAAGCAGCAGCAGCAGCAGCACCACCUUGUACAUCCUUUUUAUUUAUACCUAUCAACAUAUCUCUCCUUGUCCUUUUCACUGGAUCUAUCUGUGUUUCUAUCUCUUCUUAAUUCUACCCAACACCAUAUCCACCGUUUCCUCUUGUUCUUUGAAUUGUGUGCAAAGCUAGCUAGGUUUUUCUUUUUUUUUGGUUCCACUGGGUUUGUUUGUUGCUUCUCCUACAAGAUCUUAUCCCACCCCAGCUUAGGAACUAAGCUGAACAAAAAAUUUAUCUUUAAAAAAAAAAGUGAAAAUUCUCAGAAUUUUUCCUUCGGAGAUAAAGCAACCAAUCUUUUUGAUAAUGAUUCCCCUGCUUCUUAUAUCCUUAUGACUUUUUAUCUUUUAACAGUGACACAGUGAGUGACCCAGAUAAGCAUAUACAUAUAUAGAAUAGAUUCAAUAGAAAUAAUGGAUUCAAAUAUUCAUCAAGGUUAUCAACUCCAACAACAACAACAACAACAACAACAACAACAUAACCAACCCAAUUCUGGGUUGCUUCGUUUUCGUUCUGCACCAAGUUCACUUCUUGCAAAUCUUACACCUUCUUCUGCUGCUGCUGUUGUCAACAAGGGCAACAACCUCUGGGAGGGUCUUGAAUCAGAGAGAUUGAUUUCGAGAUUUACGAGUUACGGUGGUUCUGAUAGAAGCAACGAUACUUCUGCUUCUUCUAGCUUCCAAGAAAUCGAAGAGAAAAAGCCUUCUCCUAAGGUUUUGAGUCGUAUGAAUUCUCAGCAGCAGGGCUAUGGUGGUGGUGGCUUGCCACCUCACUAUCCAAGGCAUGGUUCUUCUGCUACUUCGAGUUCUGCCUUGGAUGGUUCAUUUGGGUUGGUGGGUUCGUUGGGAAUGGAUCACGAAGCACCCAACAAGAACUUUGGUUCAAAUCUUCUCAGGCAGAGUAGCUCCCCGGCUGGCCUUUUCUCCAACAUUUCCUUUCAAAAUGGGUUUGCCACCUUGAAAGGUGUUGGAAACUACGGUGCAGUGAAUGGCAGUAAUGGUGAACUUAGUCCGUCUAUUAACAGAUUGAAGAAUCAGAUUAGCUUCUCAUCAAAAAGUGCUUCUUCUUUGGGAAUGUUGUCACAGAUUUCUGAAAUAGGAAGUGAGGAUAUUGAAGCAACUAGUCCUGAUGAUGGGAGGCAUGGAGGUAACAAUGGUGAUGCUCAACAGUAUGGCUCUGGCUUCCCCUAUGAUUCUUGGAAUGAUACUCCACAACUCUCAGGAAAUCUCAGUGGCUUAAAAAGAGGGCGAAGUGGUAAUGAAAAGUUAUUUUCUGAUGUUCAGAAUGGAGAGCAAGGAAAUCAAGUUCAUUUACUAUCCCAUCACUUGAGUUUACCAAAAACUUCAGAAGAUAUGAUUGCUAUGGAGAAGUUGCUUCAGUUUCCAGAUUCUGUUCCUUGUAAAAUUAGAGCAAAGCGAGGUUGUGCCACUCAUCCUCGAAGCAUUGCUGAAAGGGUGAGAAGAACCCGGAUCAGUGAGCGAAUGAGAAAAUUACAAGAGCUUGUCCCAAACAUGGACAAGCAAACUAACACAGCAGACAUGUUGGACUUGGCUGUUGAAUACAUUAAAGAUCUUCAGAAACAAUUCAAGAAUCUAAGUGAAAAACGAGCAAACUGCAAAUGUAUAACCAUGCAGAAGGCAGAUACAAAUCAAAUUGCUUAACCACCUUCUUUUACCAGCAAUACAGAAAUUAUGCAAAGAUGGCUAGGAUCGGGUACUUACACACGUUCAUGCUGAAACAUAAAUAGACAGAAAGAAAGGCUAAAUAAGAUGCUAUUAUCUUUAUUGUGACGCAAAAUGUAGCAUGUAGUUCUUCACCACGACAUAAAGGUUCUUUAAGUUAAUGGGGUUUCAAAUUUCAGUUACAGAGUCAAUAAAUCAAAUAGUGUAUUUGUAAUUUUGUAUAGCAGAGAUAUAAUAAAUGUUUUUCUUUUAAAGUUAUGUACUCUUUUUAUUUUUCUAGAAAUGUUAAAGUAGUUAUGUUACAUAGGAUUUUGAUGAGGUCUAUUUGUCGCUUCUUAUUGAAAUAAUGGAGCACAUAUGUAAAAGGAAUGUG